AUGGAUUAUUUACAAGACUUAAACCCUCAGCAAAAGCAAGCCGUAUUAGAACUGCACCCCCGCGUUUGUGUGAUUGCUGGUCCCGGCUGCGGCAAAACGAAAACUCUGGUCAGUAAAGCCAUUUAUUUACUUGCCAGCCAGCAAGCCCAGCCCCAAAAUAUUCUUAUUCUGACCUUUGCCAAAAAAGCCAUUAAGGAAAUCAAAAAAAGGAUUUUUGACCAAUUGGAUUUUGUCGCCCAAAAGAACUUACACAUUUAUAAUUUCCAUUCUUUUUGUUUCCAUGUUUUAAGCCAACAUUCCUAUUUGCUGGGUUUUCCCGCCAGCAAAUUUCCGGUCUAUGACCGCCACGAACAAGAAGAAGUAGUAAGAAAAAUUGUUCGGCAAAUUAAUUAUAACCACGACCAAAAAGAAAUAAAUACCCUUAUUUCUUGCAUUGGUAACUGGAAAAAUGGCAAAUUAGCCGCUGACCCGAGUGAAUUCGACGAAAUAACCCAGAAGCGAUACGAGAUAUACCAAAAAUACCAGGAAUAUUUGCAAGUUAACAAGGCUUUAGACUUCAAUGACCUACUUAUUUACACCAUCCGACUUUUCCGCCAAUACCCCUCCGUGCAGGAAGAAUACCAGCGACAAUUUACCCACGUUUUACUCGAUGAAUUCCAAGACAUUAACGCUACGCA